ACACAGCGCCAUUUGUCAGAGGUUGUGCAGACGAAAUGAUGAGCAUGACCGGACAGUUCUUCAAAACAACCUAAAUGUCUUCGGCCCUGGCUAUGUUUAGGAAAGCUCCUAGUCAUGGUGAUAUUAGGAAAUCAGCACAGAAAGUUUCUGACCCGAAAAAAGACACUCCGACACGACUGAAGCAUCUUCGCCAGGUGCUCGAAAAUUAUGAAGUUCCUGAUGCCAAAUCUUUCUUUGAAGCCAACUAUUCACAUAUCUACUUUAUCUUCAAUGACAACUUUGCUACAGUUGAAGCAGAUUUAAAACAAAGAGCUAACAAGGCACACAGAGAAGAAUUGGACAGCAUUCUUCAAAUAUUUGAGAAAAUUUUACUCCUGUUGCCAGAGUUAGUACAUAAGAGAUGGAUGUUCCACAGUAUAGGUCGUAUUAUGAAAAAAUUACUUCAUCCAAGCAAUGGUCUGAAGACAAGAAAAGAUGGUAUGCGUCUGUUUAUAAUAUGGUACCAGAUAUUACAAGGGAAUGCGUCGGAGGAAUGCCAUAGAAUUUUUCUACAGCUUGUGCCUGGUUUGGGGGACGGAGUACAGCAGGAAUUGCUCAGCAGUCGUAACAGCACUUCUGAACCCAUGGACUGGCCAGACUGUGGCGGGUUGAUAGCCGCUGGAGAAAUCACACCAAUCUUACCGGCUAGUGGGGAAAAGUUGCCCGAUAACAUCACCAAGCAUUUCUUUGACUGCCUUCUUCACGAUAUGGUAUCGGAGAUUACUAAAGUUGUAUGGUUGAACAAGGAGAUGCAGGAGGCUAGCUUUAUAUUCUUAUUUAACAAAUUUAAAACCACAUACCUUACAUGGCUGCUCCCCGACUUUGACAGAAGUAGCAGCAUCUAUGAUCCUGUCUUAGAAAUGCCAGAAAAGCGUAAGAUGCAGGAUAUGAAAAGUAAAGACCUGCCUGUCAAUGUGGCCGAAUGUCGUUACUCCUACAUCAAGUGGCUGGCACUGUUUCUCGUCGUCUCCAAUAAACCAGAACAGCAGACAGACAAUGAGGUUGGCUGUACUGUCGGGGAGACGGGGGGGGCAGAAGAUGACCAGAAGGACGUAGCUGAUCACAAAGUGACCGCUGGUGAACACAUGCCGGGCAGUAAUGCCAGCACUCUGUCAACUGUGUCUCACAGUUCCGAACAGGACUCGGCAAACUCCAGCCUCUGUUACGAGGAUGUUGACAAUGACAACAGUAUAGUAAGAUCUGUUCUCUUCUCAACACGGGAGAACGUCAACAUUGUCCACGAGUCCUUCAGGCAGGCCUUGCUCUUUUCUUUUCAACAUGCGAAAGCAAUCAAAACUGUGAUAGGAGUUUACAAGGACUGGUUUCAGCAUGCAGAUCAAAAGCCUAUCUUCAUGCAGGAACCAUGUGAGAAUGGGACGGUGACGAGUCAGCGAGACACGCCCGAAUUCCAUCACAGUCUCUCUGACAUCAUGGAGGAGGAGGGUUCAUCUGAUGAGUCUGUUCCGUAUACAGGGAUCCGUCAACUCAUCAGCCUAGAUCCCACCACCGACAAGUCGAAGAUCCGUAAUGCGUCCUACCUAGGAGCUAUCCAGGAGUUGGCAGACGGCGGCGACCACAGUCAAUAUGACAUCCGCGCUGGUAUUCAGAAGGUGCUACAGGUGUUCAUUACCAAUGCCGCAAACAUCUUCCUGUUACAGACUGACGAGGAAAACAUGCUCACAGAACAGGUUGAUCUCUGUAAGAGGGUUUUAAACAUCUACAGAUUUUUGGUUAUGAAUAUCAAGAUGGAACAAAAGACUUGGGAGAAGAUGCUACAGGUGUUGUUGUGUGUCACAUCUGGUGUGCUACAUCAAAUACCUAGUGACCAGAAAUGGAAAUUCCUUGGUGGCCGAUUGGCACAGACAGUAUUUCAGACAUUGAUUGUGACGUGGAUCAAGGCGAAUCUCAAUGUGUUUGUAUCAACGGAGCUGUGGGACGAGUUUCUUCAGGUGUUGUCCUCACUGACCUCCUGGCCAGAACUGAUCCAGGAGUGGGCGAAAACAAUGGAGAUCCUGACGCGAGUACUGGCACGACAGGUGUACAACCUUGACCUCCAUGACCUUCCUCUACAGAGGCUGAGUGAGCAGAAAGCGAAGAGGAAGAGAGGCCGUAGUCAGGAUAUUCCCAAGUCAAAGAAUACAGAUAAAAGUUUCUCAAAGAGCUGGAGUAAGAACGAGCCCCAGGGAGCUGGUGUGGAUAAGUCGCCUUCUGCUACUCUGGGCGGAUUUGAGCGUGGGAAGUACAAGAGUGAUGGAGCAGGUGGAGGACGUGCAAGGCCUGACCUGAACAAACAGAGGUCUUUAAGUGGCGAGCCGUCACCCUCCCAUUCCCGCACCCCCUCAAACGCCUCGGACACCGUGCUCUACACUCGUAGCAGUAGUGAAGGCAACCUCGCUGAAGCCAGCGAUCUUGUGGAGCGACUCAAAGGUAUUGAUAUAGAUAGUGUUGCUAACCAGAAAAGCCUGGAUGGCUACCCAGCAUGUAACAUAACCAUAUCAGUAUCCGCCUAUAAGAUAUCGGAUAGCAUAGGAGCUGCCACGCCUGAGGAUCAGGAGGUAGCAGAGAUCACUCUAGCGUCUAGUCUACCGAGCGCCCAUGACAUGGAGUACAGUGUGGAGAGUGCAAGUCUGGAUAGAUCUGACGACACAGCUUUUAGGUAUUCACGUACACCUUCGCCGUUGUCUCUCCACUCCAAGUCGCGGUCGCCCUCUCCCUGUAGCGAGCUGACAGUGGAGGGGAUUACCAACCACAAAGACUGCCCCACCCCUGACCGCGACAGUCUCCACAUAGAGAUGGUGGCCACAGAGGAAAUCCCUAUAGGUAAAGAGUCAAUGGAGGACAUGAAGAGUGUAUUGGCUGGAGGGGCUGUGAUUGGCUGGACACCAGACGUGGCCGUGGUGAUGUGGAGGCGGAUGCUGGGGUCUCUAGGCAACAUCAACCAAAUAGAGGACGGCGAAAACCACGCAAUUGUCUACGAGGAGCUCAGCUUCCUACUAGAAACUCUGUAUAAGAUGCGGGAUAACCUUGGAGUGACUGUGGACAAUAUGAGCUCCCCGUCUCCGCCGGAACUCCUCCCACCCAUACACCUGUACGCACCCUGGCUGUUUGAGUGUCUGACCCUGUCCAACAAGUACAAGCGUGGCAAGUUGUUGGCGUACCAGCUCAUGUGUCAGAUGGUGGUCCAGCGCCACCCAGUGUCACUGCCUUCUGAACUUGUCUCACAGUUCUAUCUGGCUCUCCAUCAAGGCCUCACCUCCAAUGACCAGGACAUCAUCAAUGUAUUGGUUCGAAAUGCUGGAGCCCGCUUUUUCUCCAUGCCGUUGUUAGGGUCGACACUACUCAUCAGCGACUUCAUCCAUGCAGCAGGGGCAGUCCUGUCAGCAGUAGAUAUCACAGAGACCCCUCGUACUGAAGCUGUGUCGGUGCUUGGAGCUCUCCUGUGUUUCCCAAACCACCUACAGGAGGUCCAGGUACUGCAGAACACCAAUCUUUCUGUGAGCUGUUUACAUCUGAAUGAGUUUAAGGAACAAGUUAUCAACACUUUACUGAGGACAGGAAAGAAAGAGCCAGCUGGACUGGCCAGAUGUGUUGCUGUCAGUACAAUAGGUAUAUUUCUGUACGAGGAGUUGAGCCAUGGAACACUACACCCCAAACUCAAUGAGGCUGUCACUGUCCUGCUGGGUACUCUAAGGUGUAUAAAUCGGAUGGUUUCCAAGCUGGCCUCAGACAUGUUGUGUAUGCUGUGCGACCACUCAGACAAACUCCUCAGCUAUGAUCCAGCUCUGCCAAAACGUAUUAUAGAGGUCAUAGCAGCAACUGUGUCCACUCUCAUACCGGUAUCAAAGGGGACUAACUCAGAGGAGGAGAAAAAGCUGAUCAUGUCGAUGAUGUUCUGUAUGGCGGAGUGGUGUCUGCGGAUGCCUAUACACCUCCUGCUGGAGACCACGGACACUGACAAGGGAUGUGUUUACAAAGUCUUUGAGGUACUGAACACAGCAGUGCGUGGCCACACACAGGAGUCACUACUACAGGCCAGACAACUCCUAGCUGGUAUGAUCCAGGAUUCUGACUUUGAGUUCCUUAGGGACAUGUCAGGUUUCCUACGUAAGGCGAGCACGGAGUCCAUCAACUCUCAAACGGGGGCCCACUCCGGGGAACAGAACCACGAUAAGAAUACCAACAUGGAGCCAGUAGAACUGGCCGCCAGAACGUUGAUUGGCCACCUUGUAAACCACCUGUGUCACUUCCCUAUGGGAGCGGGGGCAGCACGGCUCAACAGCAACAUUCAGGAGCACCAUGAUAAUGACCAGUGUGAGAUAGACGACCUCAAACAGGAAAUCUUCUUUGCUUCAAACAUUCAGUUUUUUGUGCUGAAUCAGAAGACACUGAUAUCCUUCAUAGAGUUGCCUGCUCAGUUGGAUGUGCCAGGUGGAGGAGUGACCGCCGGCCUGACCACAGCUAGGAGUGUAGGACGAGUGUUACUGAGGGAUUUGACAGGGAAGUACUCUUGGGAGAGCUCGGUACUCUACGCCCCACCCUGGUGUCAACAGGGAUCCUCAACACACAAUGCAAAAAUAUUACUAGAGCUGCUGAAUGAUGGAAGCCUGGAGCCCCUUAUUAUACAAGAGGAUCUGGAGGCCCUGCCCAUAGCCAGCAGCUCAGUGGUGGAGCGUCUCGUCAAUGAGAUUCCUCACUACCGCUCAACAUCCCAGGGUCAGGAUAACCUCAAUGAUAUGUUGAGGUACAUUGGUUGUGCAAGUCCCGAAUGUCUCCUCAUCCCUGGCGUUGCCCUGAACCUCGAGUCACCAGCUCCCGAGGGAUUCAGCGAGGAAGCAGAGACUAACAUGACCCAAAUGGUGAUUAAACAAAAGGAGGCGGAGUUGAACUUUUACAAUGAGCAUAAACGUGACACUAGACGAAAGGAAACAUUAAUUCAUAUGCUGGCCAAGUCACAGAUGCCGACAGAGAUCCAGGACCCUGUCUCGCCUUUCCAGAUCUGUCGCAUGUUGGUCGACCAACUUGGCCUAUUGGCCUGGGAGAAGAGGUGCCAUUUUGAUUUGUUGAAAAAGAGUGACAAGUUACUUCGGGAGAUGAAGCACUUAGAUAAUCAAAAAUGCCGAGAAACUCACAAGUUUGCAGUGAUUUAUGUGGCAGAGGGCCAAGAAGAUAAAAACUCCAUUCUUUCUAAUUCGGGUGGCAGCAAAGCAUUCGAGGAGUUUGUGUCGGGGCUUGGCUGGGAGAUUGAGUUGGAGACACACCAGGGAUUUAUAGGUGGCCUUCAGCAGAACAGGACAACUGGUGAUACAGCGCCCUACUAUGCCACCUCCUUGUGUGAGUGUAUAUUUCACGUGUCCACACGCAUGCCGUCGGGGACGGACGAUGCCAGACACAUAAAGAUGCGCCAUCUUGGGAAUGAUGAGGUUCACAUUGUGUGGACGGAACACAGUCGGGACUACAGGCGUGGAAUCAUACCCACUGAGUUUGGCGACGUCCUCAUCAUUAUAUAUCCCCUCACUAAUGGGCUUUACAGAGUCCAGAUCAACAAAAAACCUGAAAUACCUUUCUUCGGUCCCAUAUUUGACGGUGCAAUAUUGGAUCGUAAGGUGUUACCUGGUCUAGUCCGAGCUACUGCAAUCAAUGCCAGUCGUGUGAAACGUAGUCUGAUUCCCUUCUACCACUCAUUUUAUGAGGAACGUGCCAAAAAUUUUAACAUGGUGAUCCAGCACCAUGUAGAUCUGACCAUGUUUGAGGACUUCUCAGCUAGUGUCUUCUCACCCGUGCUGCCUCCUAACUCCACCAUUUCAGACCAGAGCCUUGACCUGCCUCCCAGUGCCAGUUCUAACUCCCUGGAGCUGACCCAGCUGGCCGGGCCAGAGCAGGUGUCGCCCCCUAGUGGUCGCCAGAGCAGAGGUAGUGACUCGGGAAUGUUCGAAAACAACAUGAUUGCUCGGACAGCCCGGCGGCUGUCUCUGAAAGGUCGGAAGUCCUCUUCGUCCAAAUCAUCGAGUGUGACUACACCACCGGAGAGCCCAAAUAUGCCGAAGAACAAGAAACAGUGACGUCUGGAGACCUUAGGAAUACUCUUCUACUUCUGUGAUAGCUAUCUUAUUUAUUAUUAUUGUGUGACUGGUCAGUAUUUGACCACUGGGACCUAGUGGUCAUUCUUUAAAGACUGACUGGUCAAGUUCUCGACCAAUGGAACAUAUACAGUGGUCACCAUGUAACAGAUUGGUCAUUCAAUGGAGCUUGGUAAUGUGAUUGGUCGGUUUGUGGCAUUUUACAAAUUCUGGUUCUAAGGACCAGUAAACAAUGAUAUUCAUAUGUCGAUUUUUAAUCAAUUUUGUGAGCAGUAAUAAUGAAUUGUUACACAUUAAUAUAUUUAGUGGAUAUUUAGCUUAACAUGUUCCUGUGUAUUGAGUCAUUCACGCAAAUGUCGACUGUAUAAUUAAAAUACAGGCAAGAGACCACCAUUAUUACAGGUUGAUUAUGUCCUGGAUACAGGCUGUAUUUACAAAGAGACACAAUCAAUUAUAUACAUCCCGUAUUUUACAUAUGACAUAGCAUUAGUGAAGAUAUUGCAAACUGUAGACUGUAGGUUUUAAUUGUUGAUUGACACAGUAAUACUGUAUGUUACAAUUGCCAACAUAUCAGAAUCUGGACCGUUGUCAACAUAUAAGAAUCUGGACCAUUGUCAACAUAUAAGAAUCUGGACCGUUGUCAACAUAUCAGAAUCUGGACCGUUGUCAACAUAUAAGAAUCUGGACCGUUGUCAACAUAUAAGAAUCUGGACCAUUGUCAACAGAUCAGAAUCUGGACCGUUGUCAACAUAUCAGAAUCUGGACCGUUGUCAACAGAUCAGAAUCUGGACAGUUGUCAACAUAACAGAAUCUGGACCGUUGUCAACAUAUCAUAAUCUGGACCGUUGUCAACAUAACAGAAUCUGGACUGUUGUCAACAUAUCAGGUUCUGGACUGUUGUCAACAUAUCAGGAUCUGGACUGUUGUCAACAUAUCUGGAUCUGGACUGUUGUCAACAUAUCAGGUUCUGGACCGUUGUCAACAUAUCAGGUUCUGGACUGUUGUCAACAUAUCAGGAUCUGUACUGUUGUCAACAUAUCAGGUUCUGGACCGUUGUCAACAUAUCAGGUUCUGGACUGUUGUCAACAUAUUAGAAUCUGGACUGUUGUCAACAUAUCAGAAUCUGGACCCUUGUCAACAUAUUAGAAUCUGGACUGUUGUCAACAUAUCAGUUUCUGGACUAUUGUCAACAUAUUAGAAUCUGGACUGUUGUCAACAUAUCGGGUUCUGGACUGUUGUCAACAUAUUAGAAUCUGGACUUUUGUCAACAUAUCAGAAUCUGGACCCUUGUCAACAUAUUAGAAUCUGGACUGUUGUCAACAUAUCGGGUUCUGGACUGUUGUCAACAUAUUAGAAUCUGGACUGUUGUCAACAUAUCAGA